GGCCAGCCGCGGCCCCUUCUGCUCCGAGCUGACCCUGAGGAGGGCAGCGUCGUCUGGGCGGCGCUGCGGAGACCUCCACCCAGGACGGCUCCCCCUCCCCGGGCCUCUCCCCUCUCGCCCGCGAGUCCCCUCGCCUCGUAGGCUUCUCGGAUCUAAUAUCGUGGGGUGAGGUGAGAGCAGGCCCGGGGAGGGUGGUUACCGCUGAGGAGCUGCAGUCGCCAUCAAGAUGAUAGAGGUACUGACAACAACUGACUCUCAGAAACUGCUACACCAGCUGAAUGCCCUGUUGGAACAGGAGACGAGAUGUCAGCCAAAGGUCUGCGGCUUGAGACUGAUUGAAUCUGCCCACGAUAAUGGCCUUAGGAUGACUGCACGACUAAGGGACUUUGAAGUAAAAGAUCUUCUCAGUCUAACUCAGUUCUUUGGCUUUGACACAGAGACGUUUUCUCUAGCUGUGAAUUUACUGGACAGAUUCCUGUCAAAAAUGAAGGUACAGCCCAAGCACCUUGGGUGUGUUGGACUGAGCUGCUUCUAUUUGGCUAUAAAAUCAAUAGAAGAGGAAAGGAAUGUCCCAUUGGCAACUGACUUGAUCCGAAUAAGCCAGUAUAGGUUCACGGUUUCAGACUUGAUGAGAAUGGAAAAGAUUGUGUUGGAGAAGGUGUGUUGGAAAGUCAAAGCUACGACUGCCUUUCAAUUUCUACAACUCUAUUACUCACUCAUUCAAGAGAAUUUGCCACAUGAAAGGAAGAUCAGCCUUAAUUUUGAAAGACUGGAAGCUCAACUUAAGGCAUGCUACUGCAGGAUCAUAUUUUCUAAAGCAAAGCCAUCUGUGUUGGCAUUGUCUAUCAUUGCAUUGGAAAUCCAAGCACAGAAGUGUGUAGAGUUAACGGAAAGAGUAGAACAUCUUCAGAAACAUUCCAAGAUAAAUGGCAGAGAUUUGACUUUCUGGCAAGAGCUCGUAUCCAAGUGUUUAACUGAAUAUGCAUCAAACAAGUGUUCCAAACCAAAUGUUCAGAAGUUGAAAUGGAUUGUUUCUGGGCGGACUGCCCUGAAAUGGGCCCUUAAUUGGAUUAUUACAGCAAAAAAAAAACACUUCUCUGAAGUCUUUCUCCACAAUCCUGAGCUGUGGAUUCCAUAGUUAUAAUGGAUUUAAGCUGUGAAGCCUCAAAACAUCACAACUAGAUUAGCAUUGAUGUUCUCAGAUUUGGGAAAACUGCCUAAUUACCAUUACCCUAUAGUGGAAUUACUCAAAUUUGAAUUCACCUGUGAAGCAUACAAAUCAAAGCUAACAGCAUAAAUGUGAAGUGCUGACAAGCUUGGGAAGGUAAACUGUGAAUCUUCAUUUCUAACAUUGAUCCAGCUUUCUCUGUUGGGUCAAUAUAUUGUAUUUAGGUGGUCUUCAAAAUGGCUGCUUAAUUCAAACGAGGAGGUUUGCAUGAAAACCAGUAUUACACAAAUGCACUUUUAAGGUGUAACAAGGGUCACUAUUCUAGGCAGUGAAAAUGGUUUCUUGGCACCCAUAAUGCAAGUAAAAUAGAUAAUCCAGAGAUGUGGACUUCAUUGGUAUAUGGGAAUCACAUUUAAAUUGGAGGAUAUUUUAUAUAAAGCAAAACUACAGACCUAGUAAUUUUGGCAUAUUAUGUUAUCUUUAAUAUUUUUCUAGAAACCAGGUUAUGUUUGUAUCCGUGAUAAAAGUUUUAUACAAAAUUUAGUGCCUCAAUCUAGUCCCAUCAAGAAAAUUCAGCUUUAUUGUAGUAGUAACUCAAAAUAAAUUAGCAUCAUUGUGAAAACUUUCUGCUUUAACACUCCAGAAGUUUUUACUAAGGACUGUUUUUAUAAAAUUGUCAUUGCUUCUAAUUUAAAUUUUGCUUAAAAGGAAGAGAAUACACUUUCACUAAUUGACCCUACUGUGCCAAAAGAGUUUUAAGAAAAGUAGGCAUCUUCAUAAUAAUAAGGUCGCUGAGGUAGUUCAGGAUUUCAGUGACUAAGGAGAGCUACAGUGUUAAAGUGUUGUCAACGGUUACUCAAUUCGGUGUGUAUCCUGAGUCUGUCCAGGAUGGCUGUACCCAAUUUUGACAUCACAUUAUGGGUAGAUACAGACUGGAAAAUAAACCAAAGAACUGCAAUGUAUCUUAUACUUCUGUAAACCAUGUUUUAUGGAUAACUUUUCAGUUUUCCCAAAAGACUGAUAAAUUUCAAUAUUUUGAAUACAUCAGUGUUAAUUUUGAGGUGGCAGAGGUAACCUAACCAACUACCAUUAUGUUUUGGUACUAAGGGAUAUACCUUUCAAUAAAGUUACUGAAAUGCA